CCUCAUGGAAGCUUCUUGAGCCGUCGCGUCUCGCCCGCCUUCCCCGUCCCUCUCUUCACCUCCUCCCUUGCCUAUUUUCUCGCCGGUUCUGGGGAAUUUAGGGUUCUUUCCGUGGUUCAAUUCCCACGGUUUGGGAUGUAAUUUGCGAAAAUUAGGUCGGGCAUUGGUUGAUGCGAGGAACGGAUAUGGUUUUGGGUUUCAGAUGGGAGAAUCUCUACAUUUCCGGGGAUUUUAGGUUUUCGUUCCAUUUGUUUUGGUUGAGGAGAAGGUAGAUGUUCGUUUUCCAUCGGAGAGAUGCAGGCGGUGAGAGUUAGAAGGAAUGGAAAUUCUUUCCAAUUUUCUGAGGGUUUGAUGGAGAGAGAGUUUGAUAGCUUUUCGGCGAUCCCAGCGUCCUCCUCUUCGUCUCUGCCGUCUUCUUCCUCUUCGUCCCCGAUGGGUGUUAAUUAUAUCGAGCACCGGGUCUCGAAGAUGGAUACGCUUGCCGGCGUUGCCAUAAAGUAUGGUGUCGAGGUAGCAGACAUAAGACGAAUGAAUGGCUUGGUGACAGAUCUUCAGAUGUUUGCUCGCAAAUCAUUACAGAUUCCUCUGCCAGGAAAGCAUUCUCCAUCUCCAAUUCCUUCAAAUGGUUCAACUUAUAACGGAGAACAGACUCCUCCCCAUCAGCCUUAUAUUGAUGUCUUAGAUUCAUUCCAAUCCUUCAAGUUGAAACCCCCUCCAUGCAAAAUCUCCCCAGCCAUGAGCAGUUUACAGGGAUACUACGGUCUCACACGCCCUAAAAGUGCUCCAAGACCCGAAGGCACUGAAGAGGUUGUGUACAAAACAGGCAGAUCCCUCUGCUUGGAGAACAAACAGUUUCCAGGAGAGUCACCAAUCUCUGACCCACUUCAUAGCUGGAAUUGGAGGACUAGAAGUGUGGCAAAUGGAUUCUCAUUGGAAAAUGGUGAGGUUGUGGAGGACAAAAUAGUUGAAGCUGAAGCUGUUGACAACAGCGAGGCUGAGAGAUCCAUUAGGAGGCGUCAAAAAUCUGAUGCUUUUCCAUCACGGCAAACGCCAGAACUGUUGUUGGAGGAUAGCAGUGGGGAGUUCACAGGGAGGACAGCGAAAGGCCUUGCCCUGAGGCCAAAAUCAGGGAGCCGAACAGAUAUGGAUAUGGGUCACCAAAAUGGUGUUUCUUUUGGAGACUCCAUGGCUGGUGGAUUCUCUGCUGUCCGUAAAUCAUCCAGCACUUCCAGUUUGCAAGAUGCUGACAACAGCUCCUCCUCCAUAUGGUCAACGAGCAAGUGGACUUUGAAACCUGAAGUUCUUGCUCGGCCUCUUUUCGAUGGCUUGCCAAAGCCCAUAGCUUCAAGAAGGAAUAAAGCUGCUCGGGAUUAGCCACCUUUUUACUUUUUCGGCCAAGUUUUUGCCAUAUAUGAUACACAGAUGAUUGCAAUCCAUGAGAGUGAGUUUCGAUAUCAUGCCUUGAAUUAAGCAAGGCUUACACACCAUGUAUGCGACUCUACAAGAAAAGGAAGAGGUACAGAAAUUCAGUGAAUAAAACAUCAUAAUGCCAUCUCAACCUGUUGCAACUGGCCCGAAAGAUGGGCACCAGUUUUGCAUGUUCGUUGGGUCAUGAUGGAAAAGCUGAGCUUGACAGUAGCUGUAAUCCUUUGUCAUCAUCAUAUCACCAUUCAUAUGUAGUUGCUGCCGGUCCUACCGUUUGAAGGAAUUCUUUUGUAUAAAUGCUGAUGUUGUAUUUAUAGUGAGGAAGCCAAAACAUGGUAUACCUUUUUCAUAAAAUUGAUAUAGAAAUGCUUCAAUUAGCCUC